AAGAAAGUUGCGGAGUGGGAAGCAGGUCCCGAUCAUCAUCAGCGGGCGGUUGCUCGAUGCGGGUUUCAAGGAUUCUUGGGGGGGGAGCUGGCUUUGACUCAUCCUCGUCUCGCGCGACUUCCCAGAACCUUCCACCCUCCUCGCUUUGCCCACACCACAACCACCUCCUUUCGCACCGUUGCCAGGAUGGCUUCCGACAAUGGUUCCGGUUCUGAAUGGACCGCGCACCGGGUCCGAGACACCUUUCUCGACUAUUUUAAACAGAAUGGACACACCUUUGUCCCGUCGUCUCCCGUGGUUCCCUUGUCGGAUCCGACUCUCCUCUUUACCAAUGCUGGAAUGAAUCAGUUCAAGUCCAUUUUCUUGGGCACUGUGGACCCGCAGUCAGACUUUGCAAAGCUGCGGCGCGCGGUGAAUUCGCAAAAGUGCUUGCGUGCUGGCGGAAAACACAAUGACCUGGACGAUGUGGGCAAGGAUAGUUACCACCAUACCUUUUUUGAAAUGCUCGGCAACUGGAGUUUCGGUGACUACUUCAAGGAGGAGGCUAUCUCGUACUCAUGGACCCUCUUGACCAAGGUCUACGGUCUUCAGCCCGAUCGUCUCUAUGUCACCUACUUCGAAGGUGAUAAAGCUGGUGGCCUGGAGCCCGACCUCGAGGCAAAGGAACUCUGGAAGUCAGUGGGAGUUCCCAAAUCCCACAUUCUCCCUGGAAACAUGAAGGACAACUUCUGGGAGAUGGGUGACCAAGGUCCGUGUGGUCCUUGCAGUGAAGUGCAUUAUGACCGCAUUGGCGGUCGCAAUGCCGCUCACCUGGUCAACCAGGACGAUCCGAAUGUGCUGGAGAUUUGGAACAAUGUCUUCAUCCAGUAUAAUCGCGAGGCAGACCGGAGCUUGAAAUCGCUUCCCAACAAGCACGUUGAUACCGGCAUGGGCUUCGAGCGCCUUGUUUCCAUUCUCCAGGAUAAACCUUCGAAUUACGAUACCGAUGUCUUCACCCCGAUCUUCCAAGCUAUCCAACAUGUAACUGGUGCUCGAGAAUAUCGAGGCUUUUUUGGUGCCGAAGAUGUCGAUGGCAUUGAUACCGCUUAUCGAGUUGUUGCAGACCAUGUCCGGACACUUAUGUUCGCCAUCUCGGAUGGUGUUAUUCCCAACAACGAGGGCCGUGGCUACGUGAUCCGUCGAGUGUUGCGACGAGGUUCCCGCUUUGCUCGCAAGUACUUCCAGGUUGACAUCGGUAAUUUCUUCUCGAAGCUCGUGCCAACAGUCAUCGAUCAGCUCAGUGGCAUGUUCCCUGAGUUGAAAAGAAAGCAGCAAGAUGUGAUGGAGAUUCUGGAUGAGGAGGAACUUUCAUUUGCCAAGACCUUGGACCGAGGUGAACGUCAAUUUGAACAAUAUGCUCAACAAUGCAAGGCCAAGGGCACAGAUAAGCUCCACGGUGCAGACGUUUGGAGGCUGUAUGAUACUUUUGGCUUCCCCGUCGAUCUCACUCAGAUCAUGGCCGAGGAACGUGGUCUUCGCAUCGACGAUGUCGAGUUCGAGGAAGCACGGUUGAAGGCCAAGGAAGCCAGUAAGGGUCAGAAGAAGGCAGCGUCAACUGCUGUCAAGCUCGAUGUCCAUGACCUAUCGAAGCUAGAGAAGAUGGAUGAUGUCAAGAAAACGGAUGAUUCUGCCAAGUUCGGCAAGGGUAACAUUACGGCUCGCGUGAAGGCUAUCUACCAUGGCAAGGCCUUUUACGACAGUACCGGGGAAGCUCCAGACGGAGAGCAGCUGGGUGUUAUCCUCGACUGCACCAAUUUUUAUGCCGAGCAAGGCGGCCAGGAAAGUGAUACUGGUCGAAUCAUUAUCGAUGGACAAGCCGAGCUUGAGGUUAGCGAUGUUCAAGUCUAUGCCGGAUACGUUCUCCAUACCGGCUUCAUGAAGUAUGGAGCGCUCUCCGUGGGUGACUCUGUGAUUUGUGAGUACGAUGAGCUUCGUCGCUGGCCCAUUAGGAACAAUCAUACCGGUACACACAUCCUUAACUUCGCAUUGAGGGAGGUUUUGGGUGCCGGUAUCGAGCAGAAAGGCUCUCUUGUAGCAGCUGAGAAGCUUCGAUUUGACUUCUCUCACAAGUCCGCAGUAUCUGAUUCUGAUUUGGAGAAGGUUGAGGCGAAGUCUACCGAAUACAUUCGGCAGAAUUGUGCUGUCUAUUCGCAGGAAGUUCCACUGGAAAUUGCGCAGCAGAUCUCCGGUGUCAGAGCUGUCUUCGGUGAGACGUACCCAGACCCUGUCCGCGUUGUCUCUGUUGGCGUCGAAUUAGAAGAGAUUCUGCGAAACGUCAAGGAUCCACGAUGGGAGCAAGUCAGCAUUGAAUUCUGCGGUGGUACUCACGUUCAAAAAACCGGAGAUAUCAAGGAUUUGAUCAUUCUGGAAGAAAACGGCAUUGCCAAAGGUAUUCGCCGAAUUAUUGCUGUCACUGGGGAGGAUGCCCAUGAGGUGCAACGAGUUGCUGCGGAGUUCGGAAAACGUCUUGAUCACCUGGACGCAAUGCCCCUCGGCCCCGAAAAGGAGCGUGAGGCCAAGCAGGUCCAGGUGGAUCUUAACCAGCUGACAAUCUCCGCUGUCCAGAAGGCUAAGUUCCGCGAGCGCUUCACAGCAAUCAACAAGCAGGUUCUUGAUGGCCAGAAAGCUCAGCAAAAGCUGGAAGCCAAGAAGGCUGUGGAGACAAUUACUUCCUACUUCCAGUCUCCUGGGAAUGAGAACGCGUCCUGGCUCGUAGUCAAGCUUCCGAUGGCGGCAAGCGCCAAGGCCGUCAGCGAAUCUCUGAAUCAUGUCAAAUCGAAGAUGCAGGACAAGAACGUAUAUGUCAUGGCGGUAGACUCUGAGCAGACUCGAGUUUCGCACGGCUGCUACGUGUCUAAGGAGCUCGGUAAUCAGGGUGCUUCUGCGAGUGACUGGGCUGCCGUUGUCUCUACCGUCAUUGGCGGCAAAGCCGGAGGGAAGGGACAGACGUCACUUGGUAAUGGCAUUAACCCCAACAAGAUUGAGGAGGCUAUCUCGCUCGCUUCGGACUAUCUGAGUAAAUUCAAACUCUAG